GUCAUACCUUCUAUAUGCGUUUCCGUGGCGGUUGAACUCUUCAGCCAUACCAUUUAUUUAGUUCAUCGCACCUUCGAGGUCCGCUUCUUUGGUACCGGUAUCGAAUUCGCCUUUGUUUCUUCCCUUGCACCCUCGGGCUAGCCAGUUUACUCACUUAUACCCAUAUGGCUUAGGCCGUGUAGAUAGGCUGUCUUACCGCCCAAGCUUACACUUGGAACCAGACCGACGGCCUUCGAUAGUUUCUUAAUUUUUGCGUUAAAAGGGAAGCCAUGUAUAAGCCUCAUCUUGCUGAGAGUUAUCAAAAGGAGCUGCUGGCAUCGUUGCAGGCGAAAGGGAAGCUAGCAAAGCCGAUGACUGCUGCUGAUGAACGGCGUCAAAUGGAGAACAACAGCACGGCGACGCGAAUAUUUCCAGCUUCUUGGGGAAAAGAGGCUGUGCUCGAAAACUUGAUGGUAAAAGCUAACGAGCGUAUAGAAAAAGCCAACGGCAAGGCGAAGCCGGGUAUGCCUACGGCUGAAGCAACGGGGCGUUGCAUCUCUCGAAAGACUGAACCGUCCGCAAGACAUCAGCUCCAGGCUCGCGUUGCGGAGCUGGAGAUGGAGGUCAAGGCUGAGCGGGUGCGGCGGGAGCACAUCGAGGAGGAACUACACGGCCUUAGAGACACGGGGUCGCGAGGGGGGAAUUGAGGGGUCAUUAGGCUGGCUAGCGGGUGGGGAAGGGCGCAUGCUGCGGUCAACGUACGGUACUUGCAUGGAACUUGAUGGCGGCAUUUGGGACGGGAAAGAUGGGUAGGUGUCCUGAGUUGCACGGAAGGUCAGACAGCAAAGACUUGCAAGGCAUGGUAACAAGGUGGAUGGCUGGAUAGACAUAGGUAACUGCAAUAUGCGCUGGACGGGCGUUCGUUACGGAUGUACCGCAACUUUACGGUGUGCACAUGUGUAUAGAGUGGGGUGGUGGCGGGCCGGCUGGGUGCAAGUCUUGAUUGGGACAGACCUAUGUAUGCGGGGUCGCUCCUUGAUAAACUGGCCGUUGAGUGCAGGUUUGUAAUGAUUAGCAAUCCUACCGCAGUUCGCCUGUACGACGUGGCGUUCGGACAGGAGAUAAGGGGCGCUCUGGGCGCUCAGUUUGUAUGGCCGUAAAUGACUAUUUGCGGGCCGCCAGGCAGGAGGGGUUUAGCAAUAUUUGUACGUAGGUGAUGCUAUGGCAGGUUUUAGGUCAAUGAAUGAUAAAUGCUUUCGGUUGUACGACAUGGCAGGAGGGUCAUGUGCGCGGUUGUUAAGGUACAUGCUUUACUCGUGUGCUUGGGUAUGCUGUUUUCCAAGUCCAAAGCUAUCAAACCUAGACCUACCCCAACCACAUGUAACUUGUGACGGUGCGCAAUCCUGGCGCGAUAAUGCGGACAUUUUUGUCGUGGUGUUUAUGUAUCUUGCUCGUUUGGGUGCAGCGUUUGCGCUA